UGGACCUCAAUCCCGACUGGACCACACACGAUCGUCCGACCGCCUGCCAGGCGACGCGGACCGGAUCCACAUCCAUCAGGUAUGCCCCCACUGGCGCGCAUCCACUUCCCGGCUAGCCGCCUGCCGUCCAUGGAUCGUCGCCGGCCGCGAACCAUGGAGCCUGGUUGGCCCGGUCGGCGAACACUCGUUUUGGAUGCCCCUUGGCGGCCAACGGGUCUACAUGGGCACGCCGGCGGGCCUACCAUACUGCUGCGGCACGCCCCUUGGCUGGCUUGCUCUCAUGGACAACCUGCAAUCCCCAACGCGGUUCGUCCUCCGGGAGUCCCUCUCCGAAGCUGAGAUCUUUCUGCCCUGUUUGCCCGCCGUUGUCCAAGUCUUCCUCUCUGGAGACCCGCUCACCUCGCCUGAUUGGAUGGCGAUCGCAAGCCAGAAGCUCUACACUACUGGCACUUGCAUGGGCCAGACACUCUUCUUCUGGCGGCCUGGACAUGCCGCAUGGACUACGCAGCUCGAGCGGCCAAACGGCAGGAUCGAUAGCGCGGCAUUCCAUCAGGGGAAAUUCUACUUCACCGAGGUCGGGUGGACCCUUCACGCCUAUGAUCUUGACAGCUCCCCUCCCAAGCUUGUCUGGAGCACGUACCUUUACAGUGCUCUGCGAGCGUGCCAUGGAUUUCGACAGUUCCCUGGCGGUGGCAGGCCGACGUGGUACGUGGUCGCAUUCAAUGGCGAGUUGCUGCUUGUUGUGAUGUACCGGGCGCCCGACAUAAAGGCUGUCGAAGUUUACCGCCCGGACUGGGCAGCGGAGCGCCUGGAGCUGCGGGACAAGGUGACGGAUCUCGGCGAGUACUCGCUCUUCUUGGGCCGCGGUGACGCGUUUGCCCUCUGUGCAAAGGACUUUACUAUGAUCCGGAGAAAUUGUGUCUACUUUGUAGAGCACGAUACAGUCGAGCAUCAAGAUUGGGCUGUUGUGUUAGACUUGGGGUCAAAUGUUUUCCAACAAAUUCCAUAUCCCGGAGAGCAGAUGGAGGGCGCCGGCAGAAGCAAUCACUGGACGGCGUAUUCAUGGUUCUGUCCCAGAAGACCCUUCUUGAAGGGUGAAGCCCAGUAA